CGUCUUAUUUAACCGUUGGCAGCGAUCGACCGUCCCACAGUAUCCUGACUCCAUGUUUGCCCCUUCUCUUCCCAACCCAUCGUCAUUGGCACCUCUUCUCCCAUGGAUAUCACCACUCUUUCUCAUCCCUCUCCUCUGCCUCUUCUUCAUCAGGAGCAGUAGUAGCAAGAGAGAAACACAGGGAGCAGCAACAAAUAAUGGUCCUCCUGUUCCUGGCCCCCCGAAACAGCUCCCCGUGCUGGGCAACCUCCUGCAGCUCGGCAGCCGGCCGCACCGGUACUUCCUGGCGGUCGCCCGGGAGUAUGGGACGGUGGUGCAGGUGCAGUUGGGCCGCGUGCGGAUGGUGGUCGUCACGUCGCCGGAGGCCGCCAAGGAGGUCCUCCGGACCAACGAUCUGCAGUGCUGCAGCCGGCCCAACUCACCAGGUGCAAGGACGCUGAGCUACAACUUCCUGGACGUGGCGUUCGGCCCCUACAGCGACUACUGGCGCGACAUGCGGAAGCUCCUCGUCCUGGAGCUCCUCAGCACGCGCCGCGUCCAGUCCUUCGCCUACGCCCGGGCCGCCGAGGUCGACCGCCUCGUCGGCUCCCUCUCCGCCGCCGCUGCCGCCGGCUCACUAUCCACCCCCGUCGACCUCAGCGAGAAGCUCUACGCGCUAUCGGACGGCAUCAUCGGCACGGUGGCCUUCGGGAAGACGUACAUGUCGGACUCCUUCGACAGGAGCAGCUUCCAGGGGAUGAUGGACGAGACGCUGCGUGUCCUCGGCAGCUUCACCUUCGAGGACUUCUUCCCGUCCUCGACUCUCGCCCGGUGCGCGGACUUCGCCACGGGCGCCGCGGCAAGGCGGCGGAGGGUCUUCCGCAAGAUUGAUGCUUUCUUUGAUGCCGUCAUUGACAAGCAUCUAGAGCCUGAGCGGCUCGCGGCUGGCGUGCAGGAGGACUUGGUGGAUGCGCUGGUGAAGUUGUGGAAGGAUCCGGAUGGGCCUCUGGCUCUGUCCCGUGAUAACAUCAAGGGGAUUCUCAUGGAUACAUUUGCAGGUGGAAUUGACACGUGCGCCGUGACCACGAUCUGGAUCAUGUCGGAGCUGAUGAGGAACCCAAGGGUGAUGCGGAAGGCGCAAGCCGAGGUGCGUGCCGUUGUCAGGAACAACAACGACAACAAUUCCAGAGUUAACGAAGAAGGCGUCCAGAGGCUCAAGUACCUGAAGAUGAUAGUGAAGGAGAACUUCAGGCUACACCCACCGGGCACCCUGCUGAUCCCAAGGGAGACAAUGCAGAGCUGCGAGAUUGCGGGGUACAGCGUGGACGCAGGCACCAGGAUCCACGUGAACGUCUGGGCCAUGGGGAGAGACCCGGCGAUAUGGGACAGGCCGGAGGAGUUCUGCCCUGAGCGGUUCGAGGACUCGCAGGUUGAUUUCAGGGGGUUGCACUUUGAGCUCCUCCCGUUUGGGUCCGGGAGAAGGGCUUGCCCUGCCGUCGCCAUGGGCGUGGCCAAUGUUGAGCUCGUGCUGGCCAAUCUGUUGUACUGCUUUGAUUGGGAACUUCCUGAUGGGGUGAAGGAGGGGGAUAUCGAUAUGGAGGAAACAGGGCAGCUUGUUUUCCGUAAGAAGGUGGCUCUUCUGCUUGUGCCUGUUAAACGACAGUAGGAUCUCUUCGUGUUGUUCCAAUUGCCGUCAGGAGUUCCAAGGAGCUAGUAACAAAGUUGUUCGAUAAACCCGUAUUGUAAUACUAGUAGAAGACACCAUGCUAUCAGGUAGAGUGUGAUGAUAACUUGACCGGCCGGACUGUCUGCAUACUAGGUACAGUAAUAAGUCAGUAGUAAGUCAGGAAGUAAAGGUUCAGCGUUGGCCAUGUUGCUAGUAGCAAGUAGCAACAAUGCUAGUACCAAAAUUGGCGCAAGCGCCGUUUCAUGACAAUGAUAUGGCGAUGCGUCAAACCCCUGAUCGAGAUGGGUAAUGGAGUCUCCGGGCUAAGGGUGACAAUGAAAAGAAGUUCUCAUUCCGUCGUUGAAUUGUCACCGAUGUUUACCUUUUGUACUUAAUGUUUAUUUUGGUGCAAAAGGAAUCCUGAACUUUUCAAAUCAA